UAGUAUACUCGUCUAGUAUUCUUAUAAAUAAAUCUGUAUUUUGCAUUUUAGUAAGUAUAUAAUUUUUCAAAAAUGGGUAUAGAUAAAGAAGAACCAAAAAGUAACUUAGAAACAACUGAGUUUGUUGAAACUAAAGGGAAAAAAAAGCGAUCUGCAAAUGAUAAUCGUAUGGAGGUUGAUGUAAUCAAUGGUAUAGAAGGAAAAGCAAAGUCACAUGUGACUUCAAAAAAGCGUAGAAAUGUAGAAGGUGGUGAACAAAGAAGGGUACCUGUACCUGCACAUAGGUAUACUCCUUUGAAAGAAAAUUGGAUGAAAAUAUUUACACCUGUUGUUGAACAUUUACAGUUACACAUAAGGUUUAAUUUGAGAACACGAAAUGUAGAAUUGCGUACUGCUCCAGAAACUUCUGAUAUUGCUAAUUUACAAAAAGGGGCUGAUUUUGUAAAAGCUUUUAUUUGUGGUUUUGAAGUUGAAGAUGCUUUAGCUUUAUUACGUUUAGAUGACUUAUUUGUAGAAACAUUUGAAAUUCAAGAUGUGAAACUUUUGAAGGGAGAUCAUCUUUCUCGAGCAAUUGGAAGAUUAGCAGGAAAGGGUGGAAGGACAAAAUAUACAAUAGAAAAUGUAACAAAGACUAGAAUUGUAUUGGCAGAUAGUAAGAUUCAUAUACUUGGUUCCUAUCAAAAUAUACAAAUAGCAAGAAGAGCUAUAUGUAACUUAAUUUUGGGUAGUCCUCCAUCAAAAGUUUAUGGACAGUUGAAAAAUAUUGCAAGUAGAGUUUCAGAGCGUUUAUAG